AUGGUUCUUAGUAGAAUAAAGAAGAUGCUAUCUAACGUGAAAAGGAAAGGGCUGUUUGGGGAUCUAUAUCGUGGAGGGGUGGCUCUGAUGAAAGAGUGCACAGUGUCUGUGUCGGAGGCUGAGCUUUCAUUUGUAUCAAAGAAAAGCAAGAUGCUAUUCAAUCUUGGUGAGAUUGUAUCGGUUGAAUACGACGGCAAAGCCCUAUGGUUUAUUCAUGACCAGAAGAAGUAUCUUUUUACAAGCGGAGAAGUCCUAGGCUCUCUUUAUAAUAGCAUGGCCCCUCUCAUAAAGAAACCUAAGACUCUCUACCGCAAAAGAGCGGUAUACUCAAGAUACAACACAACCAUAGGAAGAUUUGAAGAGUCUGAGGGACAGGUGGAUGUAUUUAUUGUAGAAGACGAGGUUUUUCUGAUUAGAAUAGAGACAAGAAAUGACGUUGUACAUUUCGAAGAAAUAAGGACGGAGACACAGUAUUAUAUGGAUCAGAAGAAUGCAACGUUUGUAUGGUCUGUAAUGGAGAAUGGGGUUUUCCAUACGUUUUCGUUGAGGUUCCUGGACAAUCUUGAUUUUCUUGAGUUUCUCAGUAAGUACAUUGGAUGCCUUUAUAGGAAUGUUAACCAUGAAAGGAAUGGGGAUGAGGAGACGGAAAAGUACUUUGAAAAGAUGGAGAUAGAGAACUAUAAUCCUGACAUGUCCGAGGAUUCAGAGGAGGCUGAAGAGUAUGAGAGUUGUGAUGAUGAUGAACUUGAAAAUCAUUUUGGAGAGGCAGACGAGAAGAAUAAGCAUCUUGUUGUAGGAGACGAGAUGGCCUUUAUUACAAGAGGAAAGUCAGUGGGGGUAUUCAAGAACACAAAUGAUGGCCUAGAAUUCAAGGCAAACAUUAAGGAUGUACUGGAUGAUGAUGUAGAGAAGAUAAUCACACAUGACAACUGCUCCUCACUAAUUUUUUUGGACAAGAGUGAAAGAGAUAAGUUGCACAAGCUGGAUGUAGAAAGAGGAGAGGUUAUUGAAACAUGGGAUGUUCAAAGGAACGUUAAUGACUACUUUGAUUCACAGAAGUUAGUUGAUACUGGGUCACUUAUUGGCCUUUCUGACUACUCUGUGUUUAGGAUUGAUCCAAGGGCAAAAAGCAAGGUUGUUGAAUCGAAGGAUUACAAAACAAAGAAUGGGUUCAAUUGCGGGAUGGCCACAAGUUCUGGGCAUGUUGUCGCCGCAGGGAAGGGAGGAGACCUGAGGCUCUACGACAAGAUUGAUAAAAGGGCAAAAUCCCUUCUUCCAGGAUUUGGAGAUGAAAUCAAGUACAUAGACGUCACAAGCAAUGGAAGACAUAUUGUUUGUACAUGUAAAAACUAUCUAAUGCUGACGACUGUUCCUGGAGACUACAAGCAACCUAUCGGAAAAAAUAAGCCUGUCCCAAAAAGACUUCAAUUAAAGCCAGAGCAUUUGGCAUACAUUAAUGAGGAGAUAGACUUUACGCCUGCAAAGUUCAGCACGGAUGCCUCUGAGAGCAGCAUAAUAACAAGCACCGGAAGUUAUGUGGUCAAGUGGAAUUUAGACGAUGUGCUUAAUGGAAAGCUGUACUCGUAUCAGCUGGCCAAAUGCAAUGAUUUGGUUAUUGCAGACAAUUUUGAGUUUGGAGAAGACAGUAAUGUCAUCGUGACUAUGCCUGAUGACAUAAGAAAAGUUAAUGUUCGAAACCUCAAAAAGCCUGGGAGAAAGAUGUGGAGAUGA